AUGACACGACCUGUCAUUUCCCUCAAGCCUAGUUAUAAUUCCAUUAUUAGAGGGUGCCCCGGCUUGCCGGAAACGUUGCCAAGGCUGGAAUGCGAACUCCGAAUAAGGUCAAGCGAUGGGAGGGCUUUCCGAAUCGAAGCUCUAGAGGUGACUUUAAAGACAACCGAGGCUCUCAACAGCUCUAGCCACAGUUUUACGUCAAGGACCAAAGUUGAAAAGGUUGUUACACACUAUAGGAAAACUAUCACGGUUUCGAGCAAAAAGGUGAUAGGGGUGGAUGUCCCACUCACCAUAGGGGUUCCUGACGAUAUUAAGGAGACCAAUUAUAAUCAUCGGUUUGGAAGCUGCUCCACCGUCUUCGAAUGCAAAGUUACUUAUUUGACAGUCGAAGGUAAUCCUCUAACUACAAGCUUCAAUACUGCAGUUAAUGUUGAGCGCUAUGACAUUUUGGCAUCCUCGAAGUUCUCACAGCCUCUAAGUCGGAACUAUCUAUCUCCGGAUAAGAAAGUCCAAGUCAGAUAUGAGGUACGAAAUCCAUGUGUGACCACCGACGAUCUGCUUCAUUUGAAGAUAUGUGCCACACCUAACCUGGCAAAUAACACCUUCAGUGCUAGCCCAAGAAGAUUUAGUAAAAAGUUGAAGUUGAAGGCGAUCGUGUUUGAAGUCAAAGAAUACCUAGAAACAUUUGAUUCCCAUGUCGACGCCAAGGAGAACAUAAUCCACACAGUGGCGAAGCCUGUCGAUGAGACUCUCCCAGUGUCAGGCUCUCAAUUUGAUUGCGACGUUCGAAUUUUGACCAAGAACUUGCAAUUCAAGCAAUACGAAAUGUCACUCAAUGAACCCGCCGUUCUGUUUAGACUGCCAGAUCAUCCAGCGGAUUUGACAGAAACACCACCCGAGACUGUUCUGCUGAAAAGCAAAAAAUAUUUGCAGCCUUUCCACUACCACACCUCAAUUAGUACGCGAGGGCGACUCUUUUCCGUUACUCAUGGUGUUACAAUGAGGUUUAAAUUUGGCAACGCCAAAGACUUUGAGAUUCACCAGCCGAUUGAUAUCUCCCCAUGGGUUAGAGUGCAGCUAAACCACAUCGACAACGUUAUCAAUCGAGAAAGAGAAGUUGCCAAGAAUGCAAGAGCAUUUUACGAAUCCUUUGGCGGAAUAAGAAGACGAAAGAGUUCUGGAGAGCUAGAGUACCCCUCCCUUCCGCCAGUUGUUUAUUUGCCGGACAAAGAAACUUUGCAGGAGUUAGGAAUACAUUACGAUGCAAGCUUCAAGAGCCCGAAACGAGUCUUGGUUAUCGAGUAG